UCCGUCUUGUUUGUUUUAUCAGUUAUUUUGUCUCUGCUUUGUGUCUAUCAUGUUUGAAUUCUCGUUUACUGGUACUGCCGUCGGUACUCGUAAUGGCUGGUAAUAUUGCCGCCAACAGGGAAAAAGCGGAAGAGGCUAGAAGGACUUAGCCGGACGCCAGUGCAGUACUGGCCGAGUUUAGAAACUUACUGGCAUUGGUUAUUUAGUAAGCUUAUGCUUUCCCGUAGUUCUUUAUUCCUAGGUUUUUCUUUCAUGUUGGUGGUAACGUUACCAACAACUAUGGGUACGGCCUAAUAGCAUGUUUCGAUAUUCUUAUUUAUUCUUUCUUUAUGUUCUUAUUAGGUCGUGAAGUCUCAUGGUGUUGUGGUGUGAUAAGCUUUGCCUUGUUUUGGCUUUCGAGUUCUUAGGUUGCUUUUAUAUGUUUCUUUUGAUUUUUGUUUAAGCUUUUAUUUGGUCUUUUGCUUCUAAAUUUUCAGGUCUCAUUUUUUCUGAGUGCUUAAGCAUUGCUGUCGCAGCUGCAGAAAAGUUUGCUUGCCGUAGAUCAGUGACAGAAGUACUUGCGAUUCUCUUUCUUCCCAUUCCUCUGCCCUCGGCUCUGGACCGUUCAUGUGUAUUUUAUUGUUCCUUCUGCUGAGUUUUAUUACUUGAAGAUAGAUGCACGAUGCAGCAUCUAAGAGAGGCAAAUUGGGAAGAGAACUGUAAUUUUAGAGGGAGAAUCAAUGAGGAAGUUGGUUACAUGAAGAAUGAUUGCCACUUCUAUAAAUCCUUUAAGUUGAAAGGUGUAAGAUACUUUCUAUAUGAUUCUGUAUUUGCUUACCAAGAAGAUUACCCAGAGGCUCAUAUUGGUAAGAUUGUGGAAAUCUAUAAGACUCCAGCUGAUGAAAUGCGAAUGAAGCUUGUAUGGUUUUUUCGUCCACAUGACAUACGCAAUUUCUUGAAUGAUUAUAAGCCAAGCUGGAAGGAGAUAUUUUUAGCUUCAGGCAAGGGCAGGGGCCUCUCCAAUGUCAGUCCUUUGGAAGCAGUUAUGAGGAAAUGCUAUGUUCUUUGUGCAUCAAAUGACAGAAGAAAUCCUCAGGCAUCUAAAGUAGAGUUGAACACUGCUGAUUACAUUUUUAGUCGGACUUUUGAUGUUGCAAAGCUCAAGAUAGAAGAGAGUUUCCCUGAAGAAAUAGAUGGGGUAAAAGUUGAGCACUUUUUCAACCCAAGAAAAGAUCAAGCACUUGUUAAUGCUCAUAGUUCUGAGGAAAAUGUUAGAAUGGAGACUGGAAAGUCAAGUUCAUCUUUGAGCUUUGGAUCGAAGAAAGUGGUUAGUGGUACAGUUAAACUUGAUGGUUCUGGCAUCAAACUGAGCCCAGUGGUGAAAGGAGUAAAAAAGCCUGCAUUUAAUGUGGGUGAGCAAGGUUAUCUUCUGAGGCCUAAAUCUACUGCUGCCAAGUGUGCAACAGGAGAGAGAUACGAGAAAAAUAUAGAUGGAUUAGGAGACAUUACAGGAUGGACUGGAGAAUCAAGCUCAUCUUCCAGGUUAAGAUUGGAGAAAGCAGUCCAUAGUGCCUUUCCAGAUGACAACUGUGGCAACAAAAUGAAUCCAGUGGUGAAAGGUUCAGAAUCAAAAAAAGCUGCAGUUUCUGUGGACCAACAAGUGUAUUGUCCAAGUGAUAGAAGGAAAAAGGAUGAAACACUCUUUUGGCCUCUUAAGCCGAAAGCAAGAGUGAGUGAGUGGACUGGAAAAUCAAUUUUGUGCCCCACGUUAGAGUUGGAUAAAGUAGUUGGGCAUGGUGUUAAAGCUUCCAGUUCUGGUAUCAGAGUGAGCUCAGUGAUGAAAGCUGCACCAAAUGCGGAUAAACAGAGGCGCUUUUCAACUUAUGAUGCAUCCUUGGGGCUUCAAACAUCUGACAAUGAUGAUACUGUGCGUAAAAUUCGGUGCAGCCAACUUGAAAAUCGGGCUAAAAUGAGAUGUUCUGAGUAUAUCAUACAACAAAGUGCAUCAGAUAUCCCUUUAAAAAGGAGGAGGCUUCUUCAGUGUGAGGAAAGCAAAUAUUUAGAUGUGCCGACCACCCAACAUGUCCCAAACAGGGGAAUGAGAACUGUGAGUCUAAACAUGGAGGUUACUAGAAGACCAGAUUCUGAUAGAAAAAGUUGGUUCAAGGAACUACCUUGGGAGAAAAGACUGAGGAAAGCUGAUGAAGAAGGCACCCUUGUGUACCUUGAAAAUCUGGAUCCAUCCUAUACGUCACCCGAAGUAGAGUAUGUGGUGGUUAAUUUUGUGAUUAAUGUUGCGGGAAAUUUCAGUCCUACUGCUUAUGAAGAUUGGUCAUUGCAUUUGGCAACAGGUAAAGCUCUUGUAAUCUUCAAGUCCAAAGAUGCGGCUGACACUGCAAUAUCAAAGUUAAGAAGGAGAUGCCUAAUGCUAGCAGGCGGGAGACCUGUUGUUGGAACCAGAGGAAUCCUACCAGAGCCUGAUAAGCCUGCCGACUUUGUUGGGCAUCUCAUUCUUGAUAAACUAAGGCAUAAAAAGAUGGUGACCCAUAAUAUCGCAGGAUCAACAUCACAUUGUUCCCAGCCUAAUACUCUGGAGUAUUAUAUGGCCAUAGAAUGGUGUAUACAACAAGCGACCUCAGAUUUGUAUUGGAAGAAAUUACAUGAGCAACAAGCAAAAGAGAUACGGGAGCUUACUAGAAAGAUGAAGAGGAAUUAUUUUGGUUAGGAAAAGCAUCUGGAAAUGUUUUAAGCCAUUAACAUCACUUUUUGAAGUCUUGACUUUAAUCUAGAAGGAUUUUAGUACUUUUGUGUUUAUCUAUAACAAGGAAACAGACACACGAUGUCAACUGUUUUUGAAACAACAUACAAGAAAUUACCACAAGCAAAAGAUGCGUUCUCAUUUCUGGUACGUACAAUCUUAGUCUCAGAUUUUCAUUGUGAAAGUGUGUACAUAUUGUUAUCAUCUUGUUUCAUCUAAAACUUUUGGUCAUAGAACAUUUCCUAUCACUUUUGUAGGAAUGAUUCUACACACACUUCUAGUUACAAGGUUGAUCCAUGUUUAUUAGCUUAUUCUGUUUUCUAACUCGAAACUAUGACAAACCUGAACCUUUAGUUAUGAUCAGUAAGAGAGGCACAUGAAUGAUUUGGAUCUUAAACAAUGUUUGUUGAUAAGUUAGCAUUGCUUUAACUAGAAGAAUAUGGAUUUCAUAUCGGAUCGACUUAGAUACUAGCGCAUAAGCUUAGAUAUUGUGUAAGGACUUUAAAAGAGUUUGUUUUAUCACGUCUAGGGCUUGUUCUAGCUUCAUGUUACAAUUUCAUAUGGUAAAGUGAAAUAUAGUGAAUGUAAUCUACUCAUCA